AGGAAAAAAGAGCACAAUGGUUCACAUAAUCUCAAAGAAAACCGUCUCAUUUAUUGGUCAAAAGCUUGCCGCUCAAAUUGAUGAGCAACUUUUCACCAAGUACGGAUUCAAAGUCGAACAGCUUAUGGAGCUUGCCGGUUUGGCAGCGGCUCAGGCUAUUGCUGCACACUAUCCAAAGAGCAACGUGGCAGUCUUGUGUGGACCCGGAAACAAUGGAGGCGACGGAUUCGUGUGUGCUCGACAUCUUCAGCAAUUUGGCUUCACCCCAUCGAUCGUCUAUCCCAAAGAAUCUCGAAACGAGCUCAUGAAAUCUCUGGUUGUUCAAUGUGAAACCAGUUCAAUUCCAAUCACAGCCACACUUCCAACCAAUCUUCAAGCCUUUCCACUGAUCGUCGAUGCUCUAUUCGGCUUCUCCUUCCAUCCACCAACUCGUGAGCCAUUCACUGAAAUGCUCAAGACAGUGCGUGCUUCUGGAAUUCAUGUGUUCUCAAUCGAUGUUCCUUCUGGAUGGGAUGUAGAGUUGGGAGCUCCGAGUGGCAAUGAUGAUGACGUCAUUCAUCCACAUUCGGUUAUUUCAUUAACUCUUCCAAAGUUAUGCAUGAAAAAUUGGACGGGACCACACUUUUUGGGUGGACGUUUUGUGCCGAAGAGCCUUGUCGAUGAGCAUGAGCUUCUGAUGCCACAGUAUCCAGGAUUCGAGCAAAUUGUGAAGUUGGAAGAUUAAUUAGUAUUCCAAUUAUUUUUAAACUGUUUAGAUAGUCCAUAAAAACGUAUUCUAGAGACAUUUCAAAUUUAUUUUGAAUAUUUGAGAAAUAUUGAAUUUGGUAGGUUUUACGGGACAUUUUUUAGAGCCGAAUGCAAAAAAGUUAUUGUAAUAGGGUUUAUUCAAGUAGUGGUUGAAAAUUUAAAAAGUGUAGAAAAAUGACGUUUUUAUGUAUUUCAAUCAGGGAUGGACAAGAAAAUUUCAAGAAAUUUCAAGUUUUGAGUAUGUGACAUUGUAGCGUUGAAAGCCAUUUUUAUGUGGUUUAUAAAGUUAGAAGAGAAGUAUCUAAUCCAUUUUAGAUAUUUCAAAAAUAUUGAGUUUCAGCAAUUUUACGCCUCUCAUUUCCUCACACAAAAUGGGGUGUAAAAUUGCUGAAACUCAAUAUUUUUGAAAUAUCUAAAAUGAAUUAGAUACUUCUCUUCUAACUUUAUAAGACACAUAAAAAUGGUUUUCAACGCUACAAUGUCACAUACUCAAAACUUGAAAUUUCUUGAAAUUUUCUUGUCCGUCCCUAAUUGAAAUUCAUAAAAACGUCAUUUUUCUACACUUUUUUGAUUUUCCACCACUACUUGAAUAACCAAAUUAAAAUUUGCAUUCGGUUCAAAAAAUUACCCCAAAAGUAAAUAUUUUUCAAAUAUUCAAAAUGAAUUUGAAACGUCUUUGAAAUAUGUUUUUAUAGACUAUCUAAAUUCUAGUUUUAAAAUAGUUUUUGAGACUUAAUUUUUGAAUACUGAAAACUGAUGUGUUGGAUAUGAUAAUUCUCUUCUUUUUUCUCAUUUUUUCCCUGUUCCCCCACACAAUUUUAAUUUAAUUUAUAAUUCCAAUUGUCAAAAAUGCAAAUGAAUCCGAAUAAAAGCCCACCGAUUUCCA